AUGGCGCCCCUCACCUACUCCAAGACCUCCAAGGUCCCCAACCGUCCCUUCGAGGCCGCCCGUCUUGACUCCGAGCUUAAGCUCGUUGGCGAGUACGGUCUCCGCAACAAGCGUGAGGUCUGGCGUGUCCAGCUUACCCUCUCCAAGAUUCGUCGUGCUGCCCGGUAUGUGAUUUCGGCUCUGUCGCAAAACGGUCGCGUGAGGAACACCCUCUUGGCUAACAACCACCACAGUCAGCUUUUGACCCUCGACGAGAAGGACCCCAAGCGUCUGUUCGAAGGCAAUGCCCUCAUUCGCCGUCUCGUGCGCGUCGGUGUCCUCGAUGAGUCCCGCAUGAAGCUCGAUUACGUCCUGGCCCUGAAGGUCGAGGAUUUCCUUGAGCGCCGCCUCCAGACUUGCGUCUACAAGCUCGGUCUCGCCAAGUCCAUCCACCACGCCCGUGUCCUCAUUCGCCAGCGUCACAUCCGCGUCGGCAAACAGAUCGUCAACGUUCCCUCCUUCAUCGUCCGUCUCGACUCCCAGAAGCACAUUGACUUCGCCCUUACCUCGCCCUUCGGUGGUGGCCGUCCCGGCCGUGUCCGCAGAAAGAAGGCUGCUGCCGCCGAGUCCAAGGGUGACGGUGGUGACGACGAGGAGGAUGACGAGUAA